AUGAGUGAAGGCUUUGCGAGACGUUCUACCAACCGGAAAAAUAAAAAGUUGCAGCAACAAAAGCAGAAAGCAAUUCCACUCCCAGUUUAUAUUGACCAUGGCAUUACGGCUGCUUUCAGAUAUCUGACAAGCUUUUUUUGGUCGGGCAAGUCUUAUGGAAUCUUCGAUCGUGCAUCAAGAUCUGUUUGGGUAUCCAAGCAGGAAGAUAUCGACAUUCUUUGGCGACAAGGAUUUUUUGGUAAGGGCACUCUCUCGCGGAGCGAACCACUUUGGGCUUGCAAUUACGACAAAAUUUCAUCCCGCAAUGUCGUCGGAGGUCAGUUAGUCAAGACUGAUGGUAAAUUGUCCGGCAUAUCUGCAGACGAAGAAACGUCAACUGUUUGUUCGACUACUGUUAAAGAUGUCGGUUCAGCAGUCGAAAUCGUAGAUCCAUCAACAAUGGAGCGUCUUCAGUUACAUCUGGAAGAAGCAAUGUUUUUGCUAUAUGGUCUUGGAAUUUUAGAUAUAUGCGACGUCAAUAAGAGGCAGCUUAGUAUAGAAGAAUGCUGGACGGAAUUCUGCCUUGCAGGCCACGAACCUCCCACUGACACUACAGAACAACAAUCGAAUUUGGAUAUCGACUGGAACAAUUCCUUUAUAAUUUAUUACACGGUUUAUCAUUAUUUUCGUAGUCUCGGAUGGGUAGUAAAAGACGGAACAAAAUAUGGUGUCGAUUAUCUGCUAUAUGAAAAAGGGCCGCCGUUUAAUCAUUCACAAUAUGCCGUUGUGAUUGUACCAGUUCAUGACGCGCCUGGAACGAAAUCAUCAAAUUCGGAGGCCCCAUUAAAGUUGUGGCAGUCUAUAAUGAGUUUGAGCAGAGUAUGUGGUUCGGUUAGAAAGACCAUAGUGCUUUGUCAUGUCAUAAUUCCUGAUUCAAAUGACGUUCUACCCACACAUUCACCUGAAUGUGUUAAAAUGUACGCUAUCAAAGAAAUAGUCAUUAACCGUUUUCUGCCAGAGAAAG